UGCGAAGGGAGACGGAGAGAGAUGGCGAAACCAAAGAGAGACGAACUCAAUCAAAUCCUUUUCGGUUAUCUCAACACCAUCAACGAUACUCUCCAGCUGUUCGAUCAAUCGCCGCCUCCGACACAAGACAAAUUAAGCUGGAACGAUGUCCUUCAGAUGUCUGAUCACCUCUCCAAACAAGCCACCAUAGGAGGAUCGUAUGAGAAAGACAGGAAGCCCUCAGUUCCGCAGCUUACAGGAGCAGUGUGGGAGGCAUGCUCUAAUUUAAAGAAACUUCCUGCAACAAACGUCAAAGCCAUUGGCCUUGCGAUGACACAGGUGGCUGUGUCCGUGAAGGAUGUUCUUAGGGAGAUGAAAGAAGUGAAGGAAGCUUGUUCUUCACCCGAGCAUGAUGUUUCUGCGAACCAGGAGAGUGGGAGUCUAAGCUCAGAUGAAGAUGAUGAUGAUGAUUUAGGAGAUGACUUGUCUCCUGAAGAACUAGAGGUUGCUAAGUUGGUAGCUGAUAUAGUGUCUGAGACGCUCAUGGUGAUAAAAGAGCUCAUCCGGGAUAUUACAGGCAUGAUUAAGGUGGAGAACCCAAGUGAUAACGGUGGGUUUGUGGACUCGCUUGAGAAGCUACUGAAGUUGUGUCAAGGAAUUGGAGUAGAGAUUGAUGAGCUUGGAGCCUGCGUUUAUCCCCCUCAAGAGCUGAGUCUCAUGAAACAAACGGUGGAGAGAAUUAAGGGGAAGAUUGGUGAGAUUGAGGCUGUUGUUAUGGGUUUCAAGAGUUCAUCUUCAUCAGACGGUUUCUUGAGAACAUGCACAAGGCUGCAGAGUUUGAUUCAACAUACUGAAACAGAGCUGGACGCAAGAAGUGAAGGUGAAGUAGUUUCCAAAAGGAAGAAUGUUACUCUUUAG